AUGGUCGCCAUCAAACAGAUCCGAGCCUGCAAUGCCCAGCUUAACGACGAGACGGUGCCCCGGACCGCCGUCUUUGUCGGUGCUACCUCUGGCAUUGGGAAGGCCACGCUGCAGUCUCUGGUCAAUAUUGGCUCUCCCAUGAGAGCGUACAUAGUUGGUCGCGCAUCGACCGAGUCUGCCAUGAAGCCCUUUCUCGAUGAACUGCGUGCCAGCAACCCCAAGGCCGACCUCAUCUACGUGCCCGGCGAAGUCUCGCUCCUCGCCGAGGUGGAACGCAUCAGCCUCGACAUCAAGUCGCGUGAACCAACUGUUGACCUGCUGUUCCUCUCCGCCGGCUAUGCCCCGCUCGGGGGGCGCAUCGACACGAGCGAGGGUUUCGAGGUCACCAUGGCCCUGCAGUACUUUGGCCGCAUCCUCAUGACGCUCCAUCUUCUACCCAACCUCCGCGCAGCCGCGAGCCCGCGCGUCGUCACCGUCCUCUCCGGCAACCUCCUUCACACAUCCCUCAACGUGGAUGACAUGACCCUCGACAAGCCCGGCGCCUGGGGCGGCAUCCGCUCGCAGACCCAGGUCGGCUCCCUGACGAACCUGGCACUCGAUCGCCUCGCCGCCGACCCUGCCAACGCGAGCCUGUCCAUCACCCACGACUGGCCCGGCGCCGUCGACACAGGCAACGCCUACCGUCACUGGAACGGCCCCAGCCUCUGGGCGCCGCUGCCCCUGACGGCGCUGCUGAAGCCCAUCUACUGGAUCAUGGGUUACAGCCUCGACGAGACCGGACAGCGGCACCUGUACCUCGCCACGAGUGGGGACUUUGGCGGCCGGGGGCCCAAGGUUGAGAGCGUCCAUGCGGAGAGCACGAGCGGUCGCCAGGGGGGAGGCCUCUACCUGCUCGACCACAGAUGCGAUGUCAAGUUCAAAAAGCCCGUGUUUGAGAAGCUCAGGGACUCCGCGCAGGAGCGUGCCUGGACGAGAACGAUGGAGAUACUGGAGCCCUUUCUGUGA